GGUCAAAUACCUGUUUGUUUUAAAUAUGUACUUGAAACUCCUGGUCAGGUUCAUUCCCUCAGUCACUCAGAGCAGGCUCUCAGGAACCAGCAGCAGUCAUGCAGCGGGCUUUGUUCAGCCGGAGCGCGCUGCUCGCCCAGCAGGCAGCAGCGGCCCUCGAUGGUCCGUUGGCCGCCAGGAGCGCGCCUCUGCUGCUCAGACUGGACCGCUCCAUGUCCUCCGUUUCCAUCCCGCCGCCGGCAUGCAUGCUCCGGCCGCUGGAGGUUCCACUGCGUUACCUGUUCGGACCUGGACCCUCAAACGUUCCUCCACGUAUUUUAGCCGCACAAGGCAGGCCGAUUAUCGGUCACCUACAUCCAGAAAUAUCAUGAAUGACAUCAAGCGAGGGAUCCAAUACAUAUUUCAGACAGAGAACAACAUGACUAUAGCUAUGAGCGGCUCUGGGCACGCGGCCAUGGAGUGUGCAGUGUUCAACACGGUGGAGCCGGGGGAGAGCGUACUUGUUGGCGUCAACGGUAUCUGGGGAGAGCGCGUCGCAGAAAUUGCAGAAAGAAUGGGUGCCAAUGUACAUAGAAUGGUAAAAGCACCUGGAGGAUAUUUCAGCAAUAAGGAAAUUGAACAGGCUGUAGAAAAACACAAGCCUGUCCUGUUUUUCCUCACACAUGGAGAGUCCUCCGCUGGCCUCUGUCACCCAGUAGACGGCAUUGGAGACAUUUGCAGAAAACAUAACUGCCUCUUCCUGGUUGACACAGUCGCAUCUCUUGGUGCAGCACCAAUUUUUAUGGACAAGCAAAAUAUUGACAUCCUGUACACUGGUUCUCAGAAGGCUCUGAACGCGCCUCCUGGCACAGCACCCAUCUCCUUUAAUGACAGAGCAUGCCACAAGAUGUUUAACAGGAAAACAAAACCAGUAUCCUACCUCUUCGACAUGACAUGUCUGUCCAACUACUGGGGUUGUGAUGGCCAACCAGCCAGACUAUACCACCACACCGGUCCAGUGUCUGGAUUAUUUGCCCUGAGAGAGAGUCUGGCCAUUGUUGCUGAGAAGGGGCUGGAGGAGUCCUGGAAGAAGCACAAGGAGGUGGCAGCCUACCUUUACAGGGGCCUGGAGGACCUGGGCCUCAAGCUCUUCAUCCCUGAUAUGGACCUGAGGCUUCCCUCUGUCACCACCAUCGCCAUCCCUGAAGGCUACAACUGGAGGGAGCUGCUGGCAUACAUCAUGAAACACCACCAGAUGGAGAUGACUGGGGGCCUGGGUCCUUCAAUGGGCAUGGUGAUGAGGAUUGGAUUGAUGGGAUACAACUGUGAGAAGACUAAUGCUGACAUGGCACUGCAUGCCCUGGCAGACGCUCUGAAGAACUGCAGAAAGAGCAAGGCUUAAGAGACCGUUCUCCACUCACCCUGUACUCAUUCAUUAAGGAAUAAAACAUUAAGUGUCCCGAAAACGCUAGAAACCUGGAACAGCGCAUCGGUUCUGCAUGUGUCUGUGCUUUUGACGGUAUGAGAUUGUAUGAAACCUAAGGCAAUGGGCCUUUCGUAAGUACACUAGUUUAGAAAUAAAGAAGCAGAUGUUUUCAUUUAUGUUCCACUCUCAGUGCACUGAAAGCUGUCAAUAAAGUGUGCUUUAAUUUAUCAAA